GUCCUACCGGUCAAUCUGCGUGUUUUUACCUUUCUCACUUUGCCAAAUCGAGCGAACUAUUCUAGACCCGGUCUAGUAUAGUUUGACCGGUCAAGUAAUUUACACCAUCAUUUUUGGCGCCGACCGUGGGACCGUUAAGGUUUCUUCUCCAAAACACAAACCUACCCACCAAAACACCACUCGAAAUGUCUUCCAGCCAACAAAUCAACGCUACUUCCGCUCAGGUGCAGGCCACCAACGAGGGAGCCAGCAUCCCUGUGGCUGCUACCAUACCGGUCAUUUCAGCCCCGGUGUUGCCUCUGGGUCUGAGCUCUGUCCCGACGGCCAGCGUGAUCAGUCCCUUCGUGACCCCCGUCCCUUCCGCUGGACCGAGGGUAACGUUCCCACCAAGCAUGACUCAGUUCAUGAAUGACCCAGCCAACCUACAAGCCAUCCAGGGCUUUGGCCAGGUCAUGGCCAUGUGCCAACAGAACGGGGGGAUGCCUUUCCUCCCUGCUGAAGGAUCCAUAGUUCUACCGGUCGAACUAGGAUCAGGUGAAAAGACCGUGUGGAAGAAGAUGCGGUUCAUAGUUGUGGACAUCAAAUGCGUCCACAACGCAAUUCUAGGAAGGCCAGGCAUCAAUAAAGUCGGGGCGGUGAUUUCCAUGCCUCAUCUAUGCAUGAAGUUCCACACUCCAGGUGGUGUGGGUGAGGUGAAGGGCGACCAGAGGAACGCCCGGGAAUGCUAUGCCCGGGCAGUCAAGAAAAUGACCAGGGGGGUCAAUGUCAUCUCCCAAGAGAUCACAAAGGGAGAGACCCGGGAGAAACUGGAGCCCGAGGCUGAGACGGUGGAAAUCGAACUUCACCCGGGUGAUUCUUCGAGGAUGGUCAGAAUUGGAGCAAAUCUCCCCGAGGAUCUCAAGGAGCAGAUUACACGGGUCCUCCAGGAAUACGCGGGCAUAUUCGCAUGGAGCGUGGCGGAUAUGCCCGGGAUAGAUCGCCCCGUUAUCUGCCACCGGUUGGCCGUGAGGGAGGGAAGUCGACCGGUACGCCAAAAGAAGCGGUACCUGGCCAGUGACCGGCGAGACUUCGUCAAGAAGGAAGUAAAAGACCUCCUCAGUGUUGACUUACCGGUCAACAAGCCCACUGAGCAAUGGUGGGAGAUGGCAGUUGAUGGGGCAUCCGGUCCUAGAGGAUACGGGGGUGGUAUCGUGUUCACCACCCCAGAAGGGUUCAAGAUCUACCAUGCAAUCGUCUUCAACUUCAAGCUGAUGAACAAUGAGGCAGAAUAUAAAGCUUUGGCUGGAGGGCUCCGACUUGCCCAAGCCCUGAAAAUCAGCCGGGUCAGUAUCAAAUCUGACUCUAGCCUGAUAGUAGGGCAGGUGACCGGUAACAUGGAAGCAAGGGAAGGACGCAUGGCACAAUACAAGGACCUUGUACUUGCCCUGUUGAAGGGCUUCAGAGAAUUCAAGGUCACCCAGAUUCCCUGGGCGGAGAACGCGGAUGCAGACCUUCUCUCCAAAUUGACGCAGUAUGCUCCCGAGCAUGUUUCGAAACUUGCCCGGGUAGAGAUCCUUGACCAUUCAAGCAUCGAGAAAUUGGAAGUCGCCGCUAUAACGGCCGGAAGCCAGUUUGACCGGUCAAACUUGGUCGGGGCGGACGACCAUUGGAUGUAUGAUCUGAUGGAAUAUUUGACGGAUGGGAGCUUACCAGAACAAGAUGACCGGGCAAGAAAAGUGAAGCUCAGGGCGCCCCGAUUCCAAAUUCUUGAUGGAAAGCUGUAUAAAAGGGCGUUUGGGGGGCCACUCCUGAGAUGUCUGACCAACCGGGAGGCUGAACGAGUCAUAGCGGAAGUCCACGAAGGCGUAUGCGCGGCGCAUCAAAUGUCCCCGGCAGAAUUGAUAGGUCGAACCUAUCCUAGGAGGGCUUCCUGGGUGGAUCGAAUCCACUUAGAUAAGCCGACUGAGACACAGGCCCGGACCUGGCACGCUGGUUACUACACCGGUCUUGCUCAGUAUAAUAGAAAAAAAAUAUUAGAACCCGGAAGAGGGGCCCGGAAGAGGGUAUGCCUGCAAGAAGGGCUGGACCUGGAAGAGGGUUCGAACCGUACUUACACGGGCCCAUGAGGUUUGAUUGGUGUCGGGGAAUCAGCCGACGCCGUCAAACUGAUUGGGGAUUAAAAGAUGCCCAUUAAAAGAAAUAGAAGGGGAUCGU